UUACUCUCAGUCACAUGACGCUCAUCCUGCCGCUCAUCUGGAGCUGAAAGAGCGCAGAAACAGAAAUGCCGCACACUCUGCGGACCCGCCGCGCACUGCUGCCCACUCUCUGACGCCCUGCGCGCGACACGGCGAGGGAAACUGCGCUAUCGGCUGCGCCUGGGGGUCUCAGAACUUUUCUCCUGCGGUGGAGCUGAGCUGAGGAGGAGGAUUCCUGCAGGAGCGGAAUGGAGCCUCGGCAGGAGGAGCAGUGCGGACCUGAGGGAAACAUGUCUGAGGUGGAGGAGAAGAAGAGGAGAGGAGCAGAGGAUGGAGCUGAGGGAGGCUCAGACCUCAGCAGAGACAAGUUAAAUCUGGCUGCUGUGUUCGUGUCGGACGCUCAGUAUAACAGGAACAUUCCCUUCGACUCGUCCCCUCAGGCGGUCAGGCUGUAUCUCCUGUAUAAUCACGGUCUCCUCCAUGUGCUGGUGUACAUCUUCAUCCUGGUGGAUCUGAGUUUGGCGCUGUUUGAGGAGCCGGCUGUGGUCAGUCUGCCGCUGUGGGCCACAUCAGUGAUGGAGCUGGUGUGUCUCUUGGCGUUCACCGUGCGGUUGGUGCACUUCGCUAAAGUCAUCCCCCGCAGGACGUUCUUCAGGGACCCUAAAAACAUCUGCAUCAUCAUCAUCAUCACGCUGUGUCUGAUUGAUAUGGUCAUAUACGGAGCUCUGUAUGCGAGUGGUCACUCUUCUGUGCGCUGGUCCAGAGUUCUGCGGCCCCUGCUGCUGGUCAACGUCACAGAGGGACGGCAGCUCCGCCGGGCGUUCCGAAGUAUCCGCAAUGCUCUGCCGCAGAUCCUGGUGGUCUUCUGCCUGUUUAUCUUCAGUGUGCUGAUGUUCUCCCUCAUGGCUCUGAAGCUGCUGGGUAAACGGAACCUUACAACUAUUGAAGGGGCGCCAUAUUUUACAAACUAUCUGGAGAUCGUUUUUGACCUUUACGUUUUGGUGACCACGGCCAACAGUCCUGACGUCAUGAUGCCAGCAUAUAAUUACAGCUCCUUCUUCUCCAUCUUCUUCAUCCUGUACAUCAUCAUCAACACCUACACCUUCAUGUCUGUGUUCCUGGCUGUCGUCUACAAUAACUACAAAAAAUAUCUGAAGGAGGAAGUACGGCAGCUGGUCAAGGCUAAGAGGCAGAAGCUGUGUCGAGCGUUCUCUCUGCUGCAGGAGUCGGUGGGGGGCGCUGGGAGGGAGCCGGUGGUCAGUCAGAACCACUGGACGGAGCUGGUGAAGCGAGUUCAGCCCAACAUCAGCUCCGCCCACAGGGAGCUGCUGUGGAGCGUCCUGGACCACAACAACACCGGACAUAUCGGGAAGCAGGCAUUUGUGCAGUUGGCUGAUCUGCUGAAUAUCCAGGUGAUCACCCUGAAGUCCCGCCCACACCCUCUGCAGCUGUGGAUACCUGCUGUGUACGACUGUACGGUCAGCACGCUCGUCCGCCGCAUCGUCCAGCACAGGGUGUUUGUGUAUGUGUAUGACGCUAUAAUCCUGGUGAAUGCGGUCUUCAUCGGUCUGGACGAGGAGGACCCCCUGGUGUCCAAUGCUGAGUGGGCGUUCCUGACACUGUACCUGCUGGAGAUCCUCCUGAAGCUCUACACCUUCGAGCCCCGCGCUUUUUUCGCCAGGCAUCAGUUCUGGAACUGGUUUGAUACCAUCAUCAUCGUUUCUGCUCUGCUGGCAACUAUUAUUAAUUCAGCACUGAAGUCCUCCGGUGGAUACACCAGCCGUCAGGUUCUGGACAUUGUUUUCAUUCUGAGGGUUCUUCGGCUCAUCCGGGUGGUGGACACCAUCCCCAGUUUCCGUGCCAUCAUCAACACUCUGAUCAAGAUCGGACCCCCCAUGCUCACCUUCGGUCAGCUCAUUCUGGUGGUGUAUUACAUCUUUGCGAUGGUGGGGAUGGAGCUGUUUAAAGGGAAAGUGCAGUUUUUCGAGGCGGGCUCCGAGGAUCCGGCACGGGAAUACUGCGGGAAUCCUCUGCUGAAAGGCUCCGCCUUCGCCCGGAACAACUACUGCAAGAACAACUUCAACGAUGUGGUGUCUUCAUUCAUCCUCCUGCUGGAGCUCACGGUGGUCAACCAGUGGCACGUGCUGACCGGUGGUUUUACCGCGGUCACUCACAUUUCAGCCAGAAUAUUCUUCGUUCUGUUCCAUGUCGUGAUGGUCAUUAUCAUUAUUAACAUUUUCGUGGCCUUCAUCCUGGAGGCGUUCUUCGUCGAGUACAUGGUGGAGAAGAGUGACCUGCAGACGUCCCUGGAAAAGAAGAUCGAGGAGCUGAACCUGUGUGUGGAGCAGCAUCCUGCUGAUGGGACCCUGGUUGAUGCGAUGGAGACUCAGGAUAAUGAUAUGGGGUCCUCUGAGGGAGUGAAGGGCAAACCCACCCUGAUGUUCAAAAUCAGCUCCAAAAGGUACCGGACGAUGGACGGCCUCCUGCAGAGAAUGUUUGAGACUGAAACUGACCUCAGCGCUGACGACGCUAACGAGGAGGAACCAGAGAACUUCUCCAACCCGUCCUUCACCUCCGCCUGAGCGCAGCGCUGUUUCACACAUCAGACGAGCAGCUGCACUGAGAACCGAGAACAGCAGAACCGGAACCGUAUCAGUUAAAGACCACACGGCUCUGUCUGCAGCUUUUCUCUGUGUACACUCUCAAAGAUGGUUCUUCAAGGGUUCUUUAGCAAAGUUUAAAUAGCACCUUCUUCCAUUAUUACCAGCCUUACAUCGUAACAAUAGCAGAACCCUUUUUAGUUCUAUGUAGGACCCUACACAACACACACUCUGUCAGUCUGAAGAACGCUUACAUCAUGUAUAGAACCAUUUAUCAUGCAAAUGUUUUCUUGAGUGUUCAUGGUUCUAGAAGUAUCUUUUUUUUUCUGUGAAUGGUUUCUUUACAGAACCUUUUUGAAAAUGGUUCUGCAUAGCACCAUAAAGGGUUCCUCAGUUAUUACUACCUUGACAUCACAACAACAGCAGAACCCUUUUUGGUGCUAUAUAGGACCACAUACAACACAUUCUCUUAAUCAAUCUGAAGCACCAUUACACAAUCUAUAGAACCACGUAAGCAUGCAAACGGUUCUACUUAAGGCUCAUAGUUUCCCUUUACUAGAGAACCCUUGAAGAACCAUCUUUUUAAGAGUGUAGAGGAGCAGUGUAAUGCUUUCCUCUAAAAAAAAAAAAAAACAGAUUUUUUCAUAUGUUCAAAGUGAGCUAAGGUGCGUAGAACCGGAACCAGUUCUGGGGUUUACUGGGUCGUGUAAACGUGCAAACAUAGAAACAGCUCGACAGCGUUGCACAGGUGGGUUUUUAGGUGAAUUUUGACUGAAUAUUUUAAGAAAUUCACCAAAAAAAAUAAUCAUUAUUUACCUUUAAGGUCCAUUUUUCACAUUAUAUAAUGGACAGAAACGCAUCACUACCCAACGGAUUCAAGCCGGCGGAGCAUUAAAAUAGUCCCAGUUAAUUCUACAACUGAGAAUAUGGUGCCAUUUUCCCUCCUCGUCUUACUUUAUAAGCGCUAAUUUCACAUAAUAACCACUGAAAAGCCUCAAAACUGGUGGAAAAGUUGUUUAUUUUUAGGAAGAACAGAAGAGACCAAAGACGCAGCGACACUUUUAUACACGCUGCAGUGAGAUAGGAUUAAAAAGGGACACAUUUAUUCAAAUACAGUAUAAAUGAAUGAGUAAAUAAAUAAAUAUAAAGAAUCAA